AAAAAAAUAACCAACUAAUCUAAUGCAAAACCAAUAAACAUCUGUCAUAUUCACUAUUCAGCACCCAGCACCGCCACCACUCCCUCUACCGCCGUCGCACCACACAUUCCGGUCUCUCUGCGUUGCUGUGCUUCGUCUCUGCCCCUGCGAACUACUCAGUCAGAGUCGGUCCCUCUCCACUCUCCUCCGAGACUUGAGAAGAUGAAGCACAAGGCUGAUGCUGAAGCUAAGGUUCUCCCUCUCGAAUUGGUGGAGAAAAUCCUAGUAUGGUUGCCGGUAAAAUCCCUAAUUCGGUCCAGGUGCGUCUCUAAACAAUGGCUUUCUUUGAUUUCCGAUUCACGUUUUGCAAUAUUGCAUUACGAUACUGCUGAUGCUGCACCCACCAAUAAGAACACUAGGCUUUUGUACUUGUCGAGUGAGGUUCCCGAGGCUCGUUGUGUAGAUCUGGAAGCUUCGAUUCGCGGCGAUUACGCGCUUCAGCUUCCUCUAAGUUGUCGCCAAUUCAGCCUUAGUAUUCUAGGUUCAUGUAGGGGCUUCAUACUGUUGCGCAUUCAUGUAAAUGGCGCUCCACUCCUUCUGUGGAACCCUGUAACGGGUUCUCACAGAUCAGUGCCGUACCCUAUUAUUGACCCUGUUCCUUCUUGGGUGGGUUUUUUUGGCUCGUCAAACAAGUUAUGGGGUGGUCUUGGCUAUGAUGAAUCUUGUGAUGAUUAUUUAGUAGUAGUAGGAUGGGGUAACGACCAAGAAUGGGAACCUCAUUGGGAAUACUUUUCUGUUAGAACCAAUUCCUGGGAAGAAAUUGAGUGUGGCCAUCUUCCUCCCCAUUUGGUUACCAUUGAUUGUGCACUGUUUUGUAACGGGGUUCUUUAUUGGUUGGCCGUUAAAUAUAUGAAAGUGAAUGUUGUGAUUGCCUUCGACUUAGCCGGAAAGCAUCUAUCAAUGGUGUCAUUUCCAACGUCAGGCGGUUCCCGUCUGUUAAAGCUGUUUGCUGGAUGCCUUGGGAUAUCUUACUUGAACUUCACGGAAGACCAGAAGAUUGAGAUCUGGGUAAUGAAGGAGUUAUCUUGGACUAGGCUCAAUGUUGUGCUUCCUUAUGCAUAUGGAAUCCACCCUUUGUGUUUCACUAAAGGUGAACUUGUUGGCACCAAAAACAAUGAGUUGGUCAAAGUCAGCGAUAAAGGUGUAUCGGUGGAGUCUCUAAGAAUUAGUUGUCAUGAUAAUGACUCGAAGAUGGUUAUGUUUACUGAGAGUUUACUGUCACUUCCGGACGAGUUUGGCGGCACUGGGAAAGAACAAGGAAAGUAGGGUGUUCACACGAGAUACCAAAAGUUGUUUGCAGGCUCUGGUGUGCAUGUUUCAGCAAGUUACUGAAGUUAGGAGCAUCUUUGAUAAGGUGUUUUAUAUGUAUCUUCUAUCCAGAUUCAACAUAUGUCUUCUAAAUUUUGUAUUGAAUGUUUUGUUUUAGGAUUAAUGGACUUGUGCUCUUCCUUUGUUC